UUAUCUCUAAAUUAAGAUUGCAGAGUAAGUUUCCUCUCCUAUAAAAGAAAGAAAGAAAAAAAAAGACGAAACAGAUUUUGAAAAGCAGCAGCGAAGGGAAAGCGGGAAGACUCCAUAAGCUGUUUUUGAAAGAGAUAGAAAUAAAUUAGUGUUUAAGCACUUAAAUAAUGGAAAGCAGCUCUAUGGCAACGGCAAGACAUACUUGCCUUAAGCUUGAAAUUCCAAGCACCGAUCCUCUCUUCGUGAAAGGCACGUGGUUCGAUACUCACUUCCAUCUCUCCGUCACCGAUGGCCUCCGCGCUUGGCUCUGCAACGCGACGGAGGAGGAGGUGCAGGAAAGAGCGGCUCAGUGGGAUCAGCCCGUCGCUGAAUACAUUGAAUUAGCCGAACGGUAUUUAGGGUUUCAACAGCCCGGUUCAGUCUACCAGUUCGUUGAUGCUGGCGAUGAUCACAAAAGACUUUCAUGGACUUUCGAAAGAGAAGGAACUAAACUUGAAUGGCGAUGGAAAUUCCAGCCGUCGAAUGAUAGCCGAAAGAUUACAGCGGGCAUUUUGGAUUUUCUUAUGGAUGCAAACAUUAACCUAAGCAUGCUGAUAAGAAGAAUUUUACAGGAAGAAGUGGUUAGAAAAACUCAAUCUUUUGAGAAGCUCAAACUGGAAGCUGAGAAAUGUUUAGAACAAAGUGAGAGAUUUACCAAUGAGAAGAUGGAAUUUGAAUCAGAAAUCUAUGCAAAGUUCCUUGGGGUCUUGAAUUCAAAGAAGGCAAAACUCAGGGAGCUUCGAGACCAGCUCUCAAAACAGGAAAUUGCAGGAAAAGCUUCGGUGGAUGAGGAAGAAUCUACUGAUAAAACAGAGAGCUACCAUAGUGGAAGUAAUGCUGAGGAAAGUGAAGAAGAAGCUGACAAGAAAAUCACAAGCAGUUCAAAGGAUAUUCCAGCAGGCAGAGGUCGUGGUCGAAAGAGAGCUACACGUAAGUAAUGAUCUGGUUGAGCAUAGAUUGGUAUGUUAACCCAAUGCUAUUCUCCCUCCCCUUUUGUGUGCUCUUCUUUUCCCUAAUCUGUAGAUUCUUCAACAUCUCUACCAAUAUAUUACAGUAGUUGAUAUUUCCCGAUUGGCAUUUUUUUGUCAUUUCUAAAAAGUGGCAUUUAUUAAGUUUAACAUUCGAAUAUGGACACUAUACAAAUUUUCGAUUCCAGAUUGGCGAUCUCAUUCGUAUGCAAAAGAAGGAGAAAAAAAAAAAAAACUUGGUCCAUGAAAUUAUAUGAUCAUCGAAUUCCUAGUUCCCGAUUUGCUUUUGCUGUUAAACUUGAUGUAGUGUUGAUAAUUUUUAUAGUUUAUUGAAUUGGUAUUUUGUGGUUUUCGGAUUUGGAUUAAAUUGGUUCUCUGUCAUUAUUUCUAUCACAUUAUUUUUUAAAUAUAUACAUGAGAUAAUAAUAAAUUUAUUUUUUUAAAAAAAAACCUCAACCGAUGCCUUUAUUACUGGGAUAAAACUAAAAUCAGACGCAAGCAUUAAUAUUUUAUAGCUAACCUACUCUGCCAAGCACCGUAACCGGUGCAUUGAGAAAAUGAAAAUAGAAAUAGUUAAGAACCUAAUAAAUGCCAACACCCCAAUCGGUGCAUUGGGAAAAUAAAGCAGAAAAAGACUUAAAAACAAAACAAAUGAAAGCAUGGUAACCGACACAGAGACAAACCACUAUUUUGAAAUCUCAUUUUCAUUUCUCUAUACCCAGACUUCUAUGUGCAUCAGUCGCAUAAGAGACUCUUCUUCUAUGAAUUAGCAUCUUCUGACUUUUCCGAUUCCAGUCUCCCUAUUUUUGAGUUCAUCGGAUCUAUCCGCCAUUGUUGCAUCCGGACUCAUCGCUAACAUUUUGUCCACCAUUUGUGCUGAGUCUUUCACGAUUCACCAAGUCUUGCACUGCGCACUGUACCUUCUCCAUCCAGUAUUGAGGACCAUCGAACUUCUUUCCUUCCAUCACCAUUUCAUGCGCCACCGUAUUUGCUUCUCUUGGUACAUAUUGAAACUGUAUGCUGCUAAAUCUGUACGAUUUCUUCUUGAUUGCAUGAAUAAUGCUUCUAAUACUUGAUCUGUCUUCUGUUGCAAGGGUUAGUUUUCUGAUGACCGUCAACGCAUCUCCUUCAACACAUAUUUCGCGAAAACCCAUUUCUUCCGCCAUGGUGACAGCCUGUAAGCAUGCCUUUGCUUCAGCCGUAAACAGGCCUUUGCUUUAACCGAUAAUUUUUAAUCACGAGAAUUUUUUUAUUUUUAUUUUUGCUUAUAUUGAACUGUCUUUUUUUCUAGGAUUAACAUGUAGUUUGUUCUCUAAAUUUGUUUAAAAGCACUUGGCAGUUGAAUGUUUUUUCGGAUCUAGUUGGUACUUGAGGUUCCGUUUUUACAUGUAAAAUAUUUUAUAGAAAA